AUGGCACAAGCUGGCAGACCUAAUGCAUACGAUUUAAGCUCGUCUUAUAAGAUAUACUCUUGUUUGUGUGUGAAUUACAAAGCUAAGCCCAGUCUCAUUAUGGUUAGUGUCGAGUGUCUAUUUAAGACUCUAAGGAGAGUAGCUGUUUUCUUUGGAGCCUCUAUCCUAUUAAGCCUUUGUCAAGUGUCAGCGGACUCUUUUACUCCCUUGGGGUCGACUAAGGCUGCACUGGUGGACUGAGUAGGCGUGGUUGUUGGUGUUAUCCCUUUUGUAGGGGUGCUUCUCGCUGUGGGCUUCUAUACUUUGUUGGAACGUAAAAUUUUGGCUAUCAUUAUAAUCCGAAAGGGUCCAUCCAAGGUGAGUUAUAUAGGGAUCUUGCAGCCUUUUAGUGACGCAGGUAAGUUGUUAUGUAAAGAGUUUAUUGUGCCUACACGUGCUAACGUAGGGCCCUUCAUUUUGGCUCCUGCACUAAUAUUAACUAUCAGUUUACUUGGAUGGCUUUUAUACCCGUAUAAGUCGGCUGAAGUGUUUUAUGUUUUCGGGGUGAUUCUGUUUAUAGUUAUUACUAGAGUCAGGGUUUACGGGGUAAUAAUAUCCGGAUGGGCUUCUAACUCUAAAUACUCUUUGCUAGGUGCAGUUCGUGCGAUGGCGCAAAGAAUUUCUUAUGAGAUCCCUAUAGGAUUUAUCUUCUUUUGUGUGGUGCUGUGCUCGGGUGUGUUUAUGUUUCAAGAAAUUAGGGUGUUCCAACAAAGGUCCUUUUUUUUCUUUUUUCCUUUGUGCGUAGUUAUAGUUGUCUGAAUGCUGUGUAUGCUAGCUGAAACUAAUCGGGCGCCAUUUGAUUUUGUGGAAGGAGAGUCGGAAUUAGUGUCAGGAUACAACGUGGAGUACAGCGGAGGGGGGUUUGCAGUUAUAUUUAUUGCGGAGUACUCUAGUAUUCUUCUCGAAGGGGUUAUAAGGGCGGCGAUAUUUUUCGGGGGAAAUGAAGCGUUGAUCGGGGUCUUUAUGAUGGCUUUUGCGGUCUUCUUUGUGGUUAUUCGUGCUUCUUUACCUCGUUUACGUUAUGAUAAGUUAAUGAGUUUGUGUUGGACUGUUCUUCUAUGUGUCAUACUUAUGGCUAGUGUGUGUGUAGUAGUUCUAGUUAGGGUGUAUGUAAGAUAA